CCGGAUUUGGCACAACGAUCAGCGGAUUUCCUUUGGGAGACAAAAGUUUGAUGAAAAAGAAAAGAGUCUCUCGGUGCAAGAAGAAAUUGGUACUCAUAGCACUGCUAGGGAGAUGAAGGCAAUUGGAAUUGGAAAUAGCAACAACAAUGGUGGUUGCGCUGGUGAUACUAACAAAGGGAAGAGCCCUCCAACCCGAUCCAAGUUGGCAUUGAAGGGCUCGUCGAAAAUUGUGUCAGAUUUUUUUGAUUACAGUAUCAACUCCAUUUUGUAUCAACGAGGAAUAUAUCCCCCAGAUGAUUUUAAAAUGGUCAAGAAAUACGGACUAUACAUGCUAAUUUCGACCGACGAAGAAGUGAAGGCCUACAUUCGAAGGAUAUUGAGCCAAUUGAACAAGUGGAUUUACAAUGGGAAGAUAAAUAAGCUAAUUGUGGCAAUUAUAGACAAAACAAACGACGAGCCUGUCGAGAGAUGGGAAUUCGAUGUUGAAAUAUUCAAUAACAAAAAUCUUGAUCAAGAAAUGGACGAACCCAUGCCAGAUAAGGAACACGUCAACAACACAAACAAAAGCAAGGAAGAAAUACAACAGGAGAUCCAGGCCAUCAUAAGACAGAUCACUGCCUCCAUUACAUUUUUGCCGGUGUUGGAAGGACCUCACACCUUCAACGUCUUGGUGUAUGCCAACUCCAACACCAAAAACAUUCCCAGCGAGUGGAUCGACUCCGACGACAAGGAAAUCAAAAACGGAGGAGAAACAGUGGGAUUUCGAAGCUUCAGCACCUCCAACCACAAGGUUGACACCUUUGUGACCUACAAAAUCAACAAUCUCAUAGACUGAAAAAACUCGAGGAGACUCGCGAACAUGGCGAACACAACCAUGUUAGCGGACAGAAAAGCUCCCCCACUGCCUUUCCAUUUUUGGAUUUCAAGUCACGCGCUUUCCCUGUGAGAAAUGGACGGGGUGAACAGUGUUGUCGUUUUGGGAAUUUUCCAAAAACCCAAAAAGUUUACGCGUCGUUCAGAUCAUUACG